GUAGCUCGCGAGUCUGGCCUGUGAAUUCGGUUGUCUGAUAUACCCGUCUCUCUGCUCUUCGUGUGUCUAUUGCUGCACUGCUUAGGCAGCCCUCUACUAUUGCUCCUAAUCGCAACAUCUCUUCCACCGGUCGUGUCUAGUGAGCGCAAGGACACUCAACCGAGAUGGCGCAGAAAUGCGUGCACAAGGGAUGCGGGAGGAUGUUCACAGACCCAGAUGAGGAAUGUGUUUAUCAUCCAGGACCGCCGGAAUUUCAUGAAGGACAGAAAGGCUGGAAAUGCUGUAAACCUCGUGUUCUGACCUUCGAUGAAUUCCUCGAGAUCCCACCCUGUACGAAAGGCAAACACUCUGCCACAGACGACACACCCGCACCUCCAAAACCGAAUGCAGUUGAGGCUUCAAAUAUCGUCGCUGCGGCGCCCAUGCCUGCACCAAUCCCAGUCACAAGACCUAUCUCUACGAGUCUCACAGUUGCCCAGCAGCCUACUCCAUCUACGACACCUAAACCCGAACCACCUGAAGACGAAUCCGACGAUCCCCAUGCCCAGAUUCCACCAAACGCAAUCUGCAAGAGACGAGGGUGCGGCAAGUCCCGAGACGACAAGGUUCCCCGAGACGAGGAGACGUGCAUAUAUCACCCCGGCGUGCCUUUAUUCCAUGAAGGCAGCAAGGGCUGGACGUGCUGUAAGCGGAGGGUUCUCGAGUUUGACGAGUUCCUGAAGAUCGAGGGGUGCAAGACCAAGAAACGGCACUGCUAUGUGGGAAAGCCGAAGAAGACGAUGGACGGGUCACCGGCGGAGGAAGAAGAGGUGCUCGAGAACGUCCGGAACGACUUCUACCAGACGACAGGGAGUGUGAUUGUGAGCUUUUACCUGAAGAAGAUUGACAAGGAGAGGGCAAAGGUCGAGUUCAAAGAAGGCGGGACAGAGAUCGAGCUGAAUUUACCGACGAGUGAUGGAAAGCGGUUUACGAGUCUGGUGCCAUUGUAUGCGGAGAUAGUGCCUGAGAAGAGCACAUUUAAGAUCAUGGGGACGAAGCUGGAGAUGGAGCUUGCGAAGAAAGAAGCGACUGGCUGGCCGACGUUACGAAAUGAUGAGAAGGGAACGGGCGAGAGGAUUCAGAUUGGACGGGCGGGAAGAGUCUGAAAAGAGGAGUGUUGGCGGUCCAACUGAACAGAAGGAAACCAAAUGGAAUGAGCUGGGGAGUGGUCAACAAAAGGAAUUACGACGCGAUGAUUGCAGGUCGGAUCUUGUGUGAAGGAGCAAAUUCCUCAGAGCAUAGCGAGGCGCAUGGUAGUGCGACAAGAAUCCUGCCAAUUCGGAGUUCUGAUGUAUAUUAUAUGUUGAACGUCAAACUCGAUUGCUAGAAAAAGUAUCUAGAUCAGCAGGAAAGUGUGUUCAGGUCCUUCGCGACACGCCCACAAUUGCAUUUUGCCUGUGCCAAAUUCUUGUCUAGUCCUCCAUCACUGCCACGAGCUCAUUUCGUGCCAAC